AAUUCGCAUUAUUUCAUAAGUGCUCGAGUAUGUACGACGCAAGUUUUUGCACGAUACGGAAGAUACGCUGUCAUAGAAGCUUUUUCUAGUAAAAUUUAUUAUGCGAUAAUUGAGAUGAAAGUUUAAGUGAGAGUUUGGUGUUAGUGUUUUAUUAUGGUUAUGUUAUCAAUGGAAAAGAUGAGCACGCCGAUUAUAAUCACGGUGCCUAAUUAUCUGGCGGUGGAUGAUGAGUCGAAGGUUGUUGUCGACGUGGCGCCGAGUCCACCGUCCAGGAAACGAAGGCUGGAUCAUCUGACAUGGGAGGAGAAGAUGCAAAGAAAGAAGCUCAAGAACCGUGUGGCGGCACAGACCUCACGGGACAGGAAGAAGGCCAAAAUGGAUGAAAUGGAAAGUCGGAUCCAGCACUUCAUGGACAAGAAUGAUCGGCUGAUAGCGGAGGUGGAGAACUUGAAGGCGAUGAACGAGAGGUUGCUCAGCGAGAACGCAGCGCUGCGCAGCGAGGCCGCGGCGCGGACCGUCGCGGGAGCCCCGGGACCAGCAGAGUCUCAUCCUCAGCAGAAGGAGGGGCCCCCGCCGGCGCUCCGCGCGGCGCGCCUGCUGUUGACGAUGUGUCUCCUCUCGCAGACCUCCUCGCACACCUCGACUCCGACGACUACCUCGACUCGCUGCACCAGCUCGCUGACUCCCUCCUCAAGGAGAUUGAUGCAACUGCUGCAGGAGAGGCUCACGAUGUCAAAGUCGGGAUCACUGGAGAGUGCGCUGAAGGAGCUGAAGUGGUGGGGCCCGCAGCAAAGCAACUGGAACCCGGUCAAAGUGGAGUCAUAGACAACAAACACGACAUAAACCGGAUACUGGCGCAGCACUCGUACGCGCACCCCUACCCCGCAGACAUAGACAAAAUAAAGGAAGAGAAUGGCGACAAGGGUGACAUAUUCUACGCGAGCUACGAAGCAAACGAUUGUGUCACUGUCGAGGUUCCCUGUGAAGAUCAACUCGAAGAGACACAAACUAAA